AUGGCAACACUUAAGCUUUUUGAAAUUCUGGAAGAAUUAAUAGAGGAUGAGUUCAAUAAUUUCAAGUGGAUCCUGAAGCAGGAUGACAUCCUGGAGGGCUUCAAAGGUAUCUCAGUGGCUCAGCUGGAAAAAGCAGCAAGGCGGGACACAGUGGAUCUGAUGGUACAGAAACAUCAGGAUCAUGGAGCUCUGCAGCUAACCAAGGCGGUUUUAGAAAAGAUCGGCAGGAAUGAUCUGGUGCAGCGUUUACAAAACUUUCAGCCUGAACCAAAAGGACCAACAGAUGCAUCUCCAGGCUCAGCAGUCCUGCCCUCCCAUGAUACUGAACCAGCCCCACUUCCAACUAAACAAAGAGCAGGUAGUAGACGGCCGAAGGUUUUAGGUAGAUAUGAUUUCACUCUGACGAGGAAAUUUCAAAAGGCCGCUGACGGAACUGAUGAAGCAGGAAAAAAAACCCUCCUCAAAAAGAUUUACACUGAGGUCUACAUCACAGAGGCAAAGAGUAGAGAGGAUAAUAUCCAACAUGAAGAGAAGCAGCUUGAAACAGUUUCCACCCUCCAUGACACUCCGAUCAAGUGCCACGACAUCUUUAACGUCCUACCUGGCCAAGAGGAACACAUCAUCAAAGUUGUUCUGAUGAGCGGCGUCGCUGGUGUUGGAAAAUCCUUCUCAGUGCAGAAGUUCAUUCUGGACUGGGCAGAGGGCGCCGAAAACCAAGAUAUCAGUCUGCUGAUUCCACUUUUGUUCAAAGAGCUGAACUUGGUCAAAAAUGAGCCGCACAGUCUGCUCACACUGAUCCAUCGUUUCUAUCCAACAUUAAAGAAUGUCACAGAAGAGAUGCUCGACUCUGACGACUUUAACGUUGUGUUCAUCUUUGACGGCCUGGAUGAAAGCAGACUGUCACUGGAUUUUGAGAACAAUGAUGUCGUGUCUGAUGUCACACAGACGUCAUCAGUCAGCGUGCUGCUGACAAACCUCAUCACAGGGAAUCUGCUUCCCAUGGCUCGCAUCUGGAUCACUUCCAGACCUGCAGCAGCCAAUCAGAUCCUAGAUCAGGACUGUGUUGACAGGAUAACAGAAGUGCGAGGCUUCACUGAUGACCAGAGGGAGGAGUACUUCAAGAAGAGAUUCAGUGAUGAAGAACAGUCCAGCAAAAUCAUCUCACACAUCAAGACAUCCAGGAGCCUCCACAUCAUGUGUCACAUCCCAGUCUUCUGCUGGAUCAUUGCAACAGUUUUGAAGCUCAUGUUGACUCCAGACCAGAGAGGAGAGCUGCCCAAGACCCUGACUGACCUGUACUCACACUUCAUGCUGGUUCAGACAAAGAGGAAGAAGAAGUAUGAUGAGGGACCUGAGACCAAAACACAGAAGCUGACGGAUUCUGACAGUGAAUUUCUUCUGAAGCUGGGGAGGCUGGCGUUUGAACAUCUGGAGAAAGGAAACAUCAUGUUCUACCACGAAGACCUGGAGCAGUGUGGUCUUGAUGUCACAGAGGCCGCAGUGUCGUCAGGAUUCUUUACAGAGAUCUUCAAGGAAGAGGGUGUGAUAUUCGAGGAAAAAGUCUACAGCUUUGUUCAUCUGAGUGUUCAGGAGUUUCUGGCCGCAGUCUACAUGUACCACUGUUACACCAGCAGGAACACAAAGGUACUGAAAGGCUUCCUAGGCUACAACUACUCAACUCUGAAUGACUUCCUGAAGAGAGCCAUGGAGAAAUCUCUCAAAAAUAAAAAUGGCCACCUGGACCUGUUUGUCCGCUUCCUUCAUGGCCUCUCUCUGGAGUCCAACCAGAGUCUCUUAGGAGGCUUGAUGGGUGAGACAGAGAACAGUCCAGAAACCAUCCAGAGAGUCAUCACCAACCUGAAGAUGAUGAACAGUGACUUUAUAACUGUGAACUCUCAGAGACUCACUAGUCCAAACUGUGGACUGAAGACUCUGACACUAGAGAGCUGUGGACUCUCAGAGACUCACUGUGAAGUUUUGGCCUCAGCUCUGAAGUCCAGCCCUCAUCUGACAGAUCUGGACCUGAGCUGGAACAACCUGUCUGAUUCAGCAGUGAAGCGUCUGUCUGCUGGACUGGAGAGUCCAAACUGUGGACUGAAGACUCUGAGACUAUACGGCUGUGGACUCUCAGAGACUCACUGUGAAGUUUUGGCCUCAGCUCUGAAGUCCAACCCUCAUCUGACAGAUCUGGAACUGAGCUACAACAAACUGUCUGAUUCAGCAGUGAAGCGUCUGUCUGCUGGACUGGAGAGUCCAAACUGUGGACUGAAGACUCUGAGAUUGGAGGACUGCAGUUUGUCAGAGAACAGCUGUGCUUCUCUGGCCUCAGCUCUGAAGUCCAACCCCUCCUCCCAUCUGACAGAGCUGGAUCUGAGAAGAAACAACCUGAAGGAUUCAGACGUGAAGCUGCUGUGUGAUCUUAAGAAGAGUCCAGACUGCAGACUUGAGACUCUGAGGUGA